AUGAAAUUUUCGUUUAUUUUUUUCAAGGCGGAGAUUGAGGAAUGUUCUAGUUUAAAGGAAUUGUUUGUGCAAUAUGAAAAGGCUUCGGGCCAGAUGAUCAAUUAUGACAAGAGCUGCGUUUCUUUUAGCAAGAAUGUCAAAAGAGCGAAACAAGAUGAGCUUGCAACAUCCCUAGGUGUUCUACUAGUGGACAAACAUGACAAGUACUUGGGUUUACCCACUGAGCUAAGCUACUCCAAAGCUGAGGCUUUUAAAUUCCUCUCUGAAAAAGUUAGGAAACGGACUCGUGGGUCAAGGGAGAAGACGUUAAGAGCUGCUGGCAAGGAGAUUAUGAUAAAGGCGGUGGCACAAUCUAUUCCAACUUACGUCAUGAGCUGUUUUGAGCUCCCAAAGCAUUUGUGCGCGGAGAAGCAUAGCCUCAUGGCCGGCUAA